AAUAUAAAGUUUAUACUAUAAACACGUGUUAAUUGAUUUGAAUGAGUAAUGAAUGCAUUGAUUAAUAAACGCAAAUCACGGGACACGUGUUGGACACACAACAAGAGGACAAAGACUGAUACCAUUAAUGACUUCAGUGAUGUCUCCAAAGCUUACGAUUACUUGCGGUCAUUGUUUGCAACCGAAAAGUUUAGUCAAAAGAUUGUUCCGAUUGUUUGGAGACAUCAAUUGUAUGCCAUCUGUCAUAAUAAGACACUCAUUGAUAGACAACUGAAUACUUGGUCUAAAUCUUCAUAUAUACGUCUCUUUAGACUCGGAUCCACAGCCGAUGACAACGAAGUGGCCGUUGUUUUGAUGUCCGAUUUUCAAGAGUUAGUUGACAAGUGUUGUCCCAAAACUAUUAUCACUGAGAGAUACCUAAAGAAAGUUAUUUAUGAAAAACAUUCAACACAUAUAUCAUGUGAUGUUUUGAAAAAUGAGUACCAAUUUAAUGAAGAAAAUAUCAUUGAAUUGGUGCGAAUCGGACUACUGGCCCGACAUCUCAAUGUCGGCCAACUAUUAGUGUCGAUACCAAAUGUCGGAGAAUUUGUAAAAACUUUUCAUUUAGGAAGAAAUACUUUGAUUUCAAUCAUUAAGAAAAACAAAUACAAAGAAAUCUUAAAAUCAGAACUCAUGAAAAAGAGAUAUCCAAAGAAUAUGAAAUUGAGUGUUGAGUAUCACAUCAAUGACCUCAUCGGUUCACAAACUGUUGAGGUAAUUAAAACAUCUAAUGAUUUAUUACUUCGGUUAUUAUAAACAACUUAAAGAUUAUCAUAAAUUA